GCAGAAGGUCACACACCAUCGGGCUGGGAGAGCCAGCUGAGACACAUCAGACCUUCGCAGACAAAUGCUCAGAAGAGCCCAGGCCAGAGGGACAGGUCCUUGAUACCUCGAGUCAGCAAAGCCAACUCACACAAGGAGUUUACAAUGUCAAGCAACGUUUCAGAAUGCCAUAUCUACGAAGAAAUGGAACCUUUUACCUAUUUUUACUUCUUGAUUUUUCUUAUGGGAAUUAUUGGAAGCUUUUUUGCACUGUGGGCAUUCACACAGAAACACCAGAAACACAAGCCUAUGAGCAUCUACUUAAUAAACCUCCUCACUGCAGAUUUCUUGUUGACUUUGACAUUGCCAAUGAAGAUUAUUGUUGACCUAGGAAUUGCAUCCUGGAACCUGAGAAUAUUCCACUGCCAAGUUACAGCCUGUUUCAUCUAUCUGAACAUGUAUUUAUCAAUCAUAUUCCUGGGAUUUGUGAGCAUGGAUCGCUGCCUCCAGUUGAUGCACAGCUCCAAGAUCUACCGCAUCCAGGAGCCCGGGUUUGCCAAGACACUGUCCGCAGUCGUGUGGAUCAUGAUCCUCCUCAUCACCGUGCCCAACAUGGCUAUUCCCCUGGAGCACACCGAAGAAAGACCCGGCGCGGGCUGCAUCGACAUCAAGUCAAAGUUUGGGAGGGACUGGCAUGUGUUCACCAAUUUCAUCUGCACAGCCAUAUUCCUGAAUUUCUCAGCCGUGAUCCUGAUUUCCAACUUCCUCGUUGUCAGACAGCUCUACCGCCACAAGUACAGCGAGAGCUACGGCAGCGUGAGGAAGGCGCUGACCCACAUCCUGCUGGUGACGGCCGGGUACCUGCUCUGCUUCGUGCCCUACCACGCCGUGCGCAUCCCCUACACGCUGAGCCAGAGGGACACCACGGCCAGCUGCCCCCUCAAACGGGCCCUCUUCAAAGCCAAGGAGUCCACCCUGCUGUUUGCAGUCUCCAACCUCUGCUUUGACCCCAUUCUCUAUUACCACCUUUCCAAAUCGUUCAGAUUGAAAUUCACAGAGGCGUUUGCAGCACCCAAGGAGACAAAGGCUCUCACAGACGUGGAGGUGCAGCACAGCACUGAACAGCAGAUACACGGCCCUGACUCUCAGACACAGGGACAGAGUGAGCCCACCUGCAGCACUGAACAGCAGAUACACAGCCCUGACUCUCAGACACAGGGACAGAGUGAGCCCACCUGCAGCAGGGAACAGCAGAUACACAGCCCUGACUCUCAAACACGGGGACAGAGUGAGCCCACCUGCAGCACUGAACAGCAGAUACACAGCCCUGACUCUCAGACACAGGGACAGAGUGAGCCCACCUGCAGCACUGAACAGCAGAUACACAGCCCUGACUCUCAGACACAGGGACAGAGUGAGCCCACCUGCAGCACUGACAGCUGCUGAGUGACUGUGCAUGCAGACAGCACUCCUGAUGAUUGGUGAGCCCAAGCAGAAGGAAAAUACUUGACCAAUAAAUCCCCUUCGCUGUGUUACACACUCACACAGUGGGUCUGAGCUCACAGAGCCUUCAGCAAUGCCUUCCACAAACAGCUCAGUGAACAGUGGUGACCCACCAGGGAUCAGCAACGCCUAAGAAUACGUGUUCAGAUUCAAAUAUACUUUAGAAUUACUUAUGGCAACGUGAACUCACCUUUUCUAAGGUAAAUAUUGUGGAGUUACUAUAUUAAAUGGCUUGGUGCAAUCAAGUGAAGAAAUUAUUGAACAGAAGUUCUUCAGCUGCAAAGCUUUUUCACACACAUGAUUAACCCAAAAGCAUUUCAGAGGGCAUUAUUUACUCCAGAAAGGUAUUUUAAACUGCAUCAAUUAAAAAUUAUUGUACCUGCCUAUAUUAUACCUUCAGUUUUUAUAAAUAAAUUUCUUGUUCUUGCCUCUCCUUGCUGCUGCUUCAAUGAAUAUGAAAAAAAUUAAUGUUAUUACAGAAAAGUCAAGCAAGUUUUAAAACAAAGAUAGAUUAUAAGUAUACAGCUUGUUCUCUUAGUUUGUUUUCUGUUCAUAAAAAUUUAUAAAACAGCAGCUAAGUUUAUUAAUAUUCUGAUAUACAUUUACUUCCAAAACUUAUGCAUAUACACAAUAAUCAAUAAUCAGAAUUUAAAAAUCAACUUGCACUGGCAAAAUCCAGCUACUUAGAUUAGCUCCAUCUGCAAAACAAAACUAUUUCAGAAACAAAACCAAGUUAUCCUUUAUCUAAUCCUUGAGCAAAAAAAAGGUGUGGUUCAUAUUUUGCUCAAAGUAAGCAUUCAAAAUGGUUCAUUCAGUAUUUUCAUAACAAUUCUCCUGCAAUAAAUCACAACCCAAACUUUGUGGGCUAAGAAAUUUAAAGGAAAGAAAACUGGAGUUAUGACAUGAUACUCUCACAUGACACUUCAUGGACUGAAAGGGCUUAAUAUUGUUAAAAAGUUAUCAUUGUUGUUUAAAUAUAAUAACAAUUCUGAAGUAGGUACAUUCCAGUUUGAGGCCUGUUCAGUAUCUGGGGCCUUUUUCCAGCACAGUGGAAAACAUGAGAACCCAUCUGCAUGAGGGCUGGGAUCUAGAGUGUUACUCAUGGGGCUUCCUCCAGUUCUCAUGAGCCUACAGACAGGCACAGCAGCAGCAACCAAAAUCCACCCUGUGAGCAGCAGCAAGCGGGCAGGAAGAAGAGACACCAUCCUGUCACACA